GUGGUUAUCUCGGCUGCAAAAUUAUACAUCAUUUCGCAGCCAUUUCCGAUGCAUACUAAAGUAGACUCCUUCAGAUGGAGCAAUGUCUCGCUAAAAAUCAAGUCUAAAAACAAUUCUGUCUGUUUGAUCGAUAAUGCCAGUGGCGAAGUCCAGGCUGGAGAAAUUAUGGCCCUUAUGGGUCCUUCUGGUUCCGGAAAGACAACCCUAUUAAACAUAUUGGCCCACAGAAACAACCCCAGACUGGCUGUGCAGACUGGAGAUAUAUAUGUUAACGGCGAACAUGCCAGUUUGUCCAUGAUGAAACAGCUUUCCAGCUAUGUAGAACAGGAAGACUCAUUGAUUGGUUCGUUGACUGUGCAAGAAACAGUCGAUUUCUCUGCUCGUUUCUCCCAACUCAGGGGCCAGUACCGCAAGGAGGCCGUAGAUAGAACUAUAGAAUUAUUGGGGUUACAGAACCAGAAAAAUGUCAAGAUUGGAAACCCUAUUCAGAAGGGCAUUUCUGGUGGUCAGAAGAGAAGAGUCAGUAUUGCUUCGCAGAUCAUCACUUACCCAUCGAUUUUGUUUUUGGAUGAACCUACCUCUGGUUUGGACUCUGUAGCUUCAAGAGAAGUGGUCAGCAUGAUUAAACGGGUUGCUGAAGAAGAAAACAUGGCUGUUAUCUGUUCGAUUCACCAGCCUUCAACAUACACAUUCGAAUUGUUUGACAAAGUCCUCUUUUUAUCCAGAGGUAAAACUGUUUAUAACGACAGGGUGGACAAAUUGGUGAAAUACUUCGAGUCGAUCGGUUUCCUGAUUCCAGCCUACAUCAACCCUUCAGAGUUUGUAUUGGACUUGAUCAAUACCGACUUCUCGUCUUCAGUCAUUGAUGACGACCGCCAGGACGUCCUCAGCAUUCUUGUCGACAAAUGGAACAGCCAUGUGACACCAAUCGAAGCGGUCGGUGCUUUUGAGCAGAUGAAAUCAGACGAUAAAGAAGUUCUAAACACACGGGUGUUACUCCAGCGAUUGCUCAUUAAAGCCAGACGAGACAUCUUCACCUACUAUGUUCGUCUUUUCAUGUACUUGGGCUUAGCCAUUCUUAUGGGUACUGUUUGGUUAAGGUUGGGAAAUGGCCAGAAGAAUAUCCAGCCAUUUAUUAAUGCUAUCUUCUUCUCUGGAGCGUUUAUGUCUUUCAUGUCUGUUGCCUAUAUCCCAUCUUUCAUUGAAGACUAUCAUUCGUAUAAAAAGGAACGUUUAAAUGGUUUGUAUGGACCUUUUGCUUUCACAGUCUCUAAUUUCAUUAUUGGGUUGCCCUUCCUUUUCCUCAUUGCUCUGGUGUUUAGCAUCAUAACCUUCUUCAUGUGCAACUUCAACAAAAGUGCCACUGGUUUCUUCUACUAUCUAAUGUGGUUGUUCUUGGACUUGGUAGCAGCCGAGUCCAUGACAAUCUUUAUUGCCUCUAUCUUCCCGAACUUUGUCAUCUCGUUGGCACUCACUGCGUUUGCCAAUGGGUUAUGGAUGUCUGUGGGUGGUUUCUUGGUUCCUUCCAACAUUUUGAACAAAUUCUGGUACUACACCUUCUACUGGAUCGACUACCAGAGAUAUGUGUUCCAAGGUAUGAUGUUCAACGAAUUCUCCAACCGUAACUUUAACUGUGAUUCUCAAUGUCAUUGUAUGUUCGAUUCUCCUUUGGCUGAUCAAUGUAUGGUUCAAGGUACUGCUGUAUUGGACAACUUGGGUUACUCCAACUACUCUAAGGGUCUUUGGGUUGGAGUACUCAUAGCAAUUAUCUUUGUCUAUAGAUUGGGCAGCUAUCUUGUAUUGAGAUUCAGAAAGUGA